AACUAUCAGUUGGUAUUUAACCCUACAACAAUGUCAUGGGUUAGUGCUGCCACCUGGUGUGAAGUAAAGGGUGGAGAUCUUGUUAGUUUGGAUUCACAGGCAGCCAUUUUAAUGGUAGAAUGGUAUAAGGACAACGACUGGAGUGCUCAAUGGACAAGCCAUGCAUGGACCGGACUUUACUCUGUGGAUCUUAAUACGGGUUACUGGCAGGGGACAUGCAGCGCCUUAGCCUACUCAUACUGGGCACCUGCUCAGACAUAUAGUUUCAGUUCACCAUGUACAUACAUGGCGAGUAGUGAUCUUCGUUGGUAUUAUGAUGAUUGCACGAGUCAACAUCAUGUGGUUUGUCAAGUUCCAAACGGUAAUUGUAAUUUUGAUGACCAAAACAUGGAAGUCGACAAAUCCUUUAAUCAUCUGGAUGCCGUAUCUCUCCCUACCUUAGACGAUUGUAAAAAUAGAUGUGAUGAUUAUGAAGAUGGGUCUAAUCAAUGUUGGGUCAUAAAAUACCAUGCUGCAUCUAAUGAUUGUUGGCUGUACGUUUCUUCUAACCCACGACAGUACUUAUCUAACAAGGCAAACAUUGACACCUAG